GUGAGGUGGAGGUGGAGGAGCCCGAGUAGGCGGAGGAGGAGGCGGUAGAGGAGAGGAGCGGCCAGAAGAAGGAGGAUGGAGGAGCAGCCGAAGGAGGGCGAGGCCGAGGUCGAGGAGCACUGGUUCUCUAAGUGGGAGCGCCAGUGCCUGGCCGAGGCCGAGCAGGAAGAGGAGCUGCCCCCCGAUAUGCAGGAGGAGGCGGCCGCCGAUGCGGCGGGGCUCAAGAGGGAGCAGCAGAAGCUGUGGCACCUCUUCCAGAUCUCAGCCACUGCCGUGGCCCAGCUCUACAAGGAUACGGGGUGCCAACAGCCAGGACUCUCCAUGUGGGACCCCUUCCAGAAUGCGGCCAUGGCCGUGACCAGCCUCUACAAAGAGAGCGGAGAUGCCCACCAGCGAAGUUUUGACCUGGGCAUCCAGGUGGGCAACCAGCGUCGCAUCAAAGAUGUGCUGGAAUGGGUGAAGAAGGGCCGCAGCACCAUUCUCCGCGAAGAUCUGAUCAGCUUCCUGUGUGGCAAAGUGCCCCCCGCGCCCCCGCCGCGCAACCCGAGGACGCCCCCAAAGCCACCCGCCGGGGCCCCCGGCCAGGCCGCGGCCACUGAAUCGGGCUCGUCAGUGGACGUCGACCUGCAGCCGUUCCACGAGGCCAUCGCCCUGCACGGCCUCAGUGGCGCCAUGGCGAGCAUCAGCGUGAGGUCCGGUGCGCCCGGCUCCCCGCCUCAGGCCAGCGGUGUCGCCAGUGGCGGCCGCCGAAGAAGUAGCUUCCUCGAGGACGACUUGAACCCAAACAACGCGGAAGAACUGGCCCUCCGCCUGGACAGUGGGGGGACCCGCAAGCGCCCCUCGGCCCAGUGUGGUGACAGCGACACGGACUCCCCAACCCACAAGCGCAACCGAAUGGCCUAAACUGCCUCGUUGGUCGCCUGCCGCCAUGUUGCUUGCGAGCCAACCCGGCCUUCAACGUGCUUGUCAGAAGGGUCCUCGAGACGAUCUCUUCCUUCUCUAAGUUAAACAAAGAUUUCUAUCAGUUUGCCACAAAGAAACUUUAAAAGUAUUCAAGAAGAGGCCACAUCUGACUCUGACUUUCCCAGAAAUAUAAUACUAGCAGAGAACAAGUAUUAUGUAGUAGUUAGCAAGACCAUUAAAUGCAGAAGUAUCCGGUCAAGCGGGAGUCUGGUUUCUCUUGUUCACAGUUAUCAGUUAUAUUCCUUAGCAUCUAGCACAAUUGCUGGUGCUCAAUAAAUGUUGUCAAAUGAAUAACUGUGACCUUCUUUAACAGUCUUAAAGGGGAAGGACUAGCAGGUGUUUACUUGGUUAGAGGAUACUUGGGUCCUUUAUUGUUUGGUUGGUUGUUUAACGGUUUUUUGCCAGUUCAGUUAUAUUUUAUCAAAAUGUAAAACUUGACCUCUUUGUGAAA